GUAUUUCUGUCAAUUGUUCUGUCAAAAGAUAUCAAAACAAGAAGUAUUUUUAUCGAUUUCUGCGUUAAAACCUCUAGAAUAUUAGAAUGACCGCGCCAAUGGAACGAAUCCAAGUUCUCGACUCUAUCGAGAAAGAUAUAAUUACGUGCCUACAUAGUGCAGGACAAGUUUUCGUCGAGCUUAGUAAGGAGAAAUCAAGCUUAAAACAAGCCGAAAAUCACACUCAAACCUUUCUUAAGACUUUGGGGGCCGUCGAGAACAAAUUAACAGAGCAGAUCAAUUACCUGACACAAGUGUCAACGGGACAGCCCCACGAAGGUUCGGGCUACGCUUCACAGAAGGUUCUUCAAAUGGCGUGGCACCGGUUAGAGCAUGCACGGUCUCGUGUGAACGAAUUAGACAGACUUAAACUGAAACACAUGCAAGGACGUAGAGUGCAACCUCCUAAUGGUCAAGGGUUCGGAAAUAACGUUUCAUCAACGUAACUUUUAUAGAUUUAUUUACAAAAUAUAGUUUUUAUGGCA